AUGGAUACCUCUGACGAAAUUCAUGAUAAAAUACCCAAUACAUUGAGAAAACAACAGCAGCACUUACACGAAAAUGAACCAAAAGAAUGCGUAACAACACUAAAAGAUCUUAACGUACCCGAAACGAAAAAGCUUUCCCCCGUAUUACAUGGCAGAAAGGCAAGUACAUACUUAAGAAUUUUUAGAGAUGAUGAAUGUUUAGCCGAUAACAAUAAUGGCUCAGAUAGUAACAAUGGCGGAUCUCUGACAUGUGCGGACAAAAUAACAAGGUCGGAAUCAACUUCUAAAUCAAUAUCGGAAGCAUUACAAUCUUCCGGUAAAAAAAAAAAUUCAGAGGCUUCAUCUUCAUCAUUGUCAAGUUUUAUUUCAUCUCAGCACGAGGAAACCGUAUUAAAGGGCAAUAAGCACGUGGCACAUAGCAAUAAUAUUAAUAAGAGGAGGCAAAAAACUGAUGAGGACGUUGCAAAACAACAAUCAUACCAACCACAUGUGACACAUCAACAAACUCCUCCAGAAUCGAUACAAAAUAUAGAUGAGGCGUGCAUCUCGCCCAAGUCCACUUAUCAGAACACUCUACAUGGAAUAUCGGAUGACUUAACAUUAAAGCCUGUUUCUUCCGCAACUUACUAUCCCCACAAAAGUAAAGCGGACCCUACCUAUGAGGAAAAAGAUAAAAUGGAAAAUGAUACCGAUACUAUUCAACCUACCACCAUAAGUUUUGAAUCUAAUGUAGCAACGCUUCCCAGAACGUAUAACAGGCAAACUUUCAAGGUCAAGACUCACUCAACUUUAUCACAGUCUUUGAGGCAAGAAAAUAUCAAUAAUCGUAAUAAUAAAAUAGUUCAACAUUCUGUACAACAAAAUAAACCAAUCAAAGAACAACCCAACCUUUUUGUUCAAGAUAAAGAAGACGAGCAAGCGGAGGGAGAAGAGGAUGAAGGUGAGAAUGAACAUAGGGAAUAUCCCCUGGCAGUGGAACUAAAGCCAUUUACGAAUAGAGUAGGAGGUCACACAGCGAUUUUUAGAUUUUCUAAGAGAGCGGUUUGCAAGGCUUUGGUUAAUAGAGAAAACAGGUGGUAUGAGAAUAUAGAAUUAUGUCAUAAAGAACUCUUGCAAUUCAUGCCACGUUAUAUUGGUGUUCUAAAUGUUAGGCAACAUUUUCAAUCAAGAGAUGAUUUUUUAAGCGAUCUAGAUCAAAAGAACAACAGUAACGAAAAAAACAAAAUGAUAGAGGAUAGCCAGAACAACGAUGAUGUUGCGCUUAGUGUAGAACCUACUGGAACUCCUUUAACUCACAUACAUUCCUUCCCCUUGGAACAUUCAUCGAGGCAAGUGCUCCAAAAGGAGCAUCCUGAAGUAGAACCAAUUCAUUCUCAACAUGUCAAAAGGUCACUGUCGAGUUCCAAUCAACCUUCUUUAUUACCCGAGGUAGUUCUAAAUGAUAACAGGCACAUUAUACCGGAAUCGUUGUGGUACAAAUAUUCUGACUCUCCUAAUUCGGCACCAAAUGAUUCAUACUUUUCUUCCUCCUCUUCUCAUAACUCGUGUUCCUUUGGUGAUCGUGGCAAUAUGAACAAAUUAAAAAGACGCGAUUCUGGUUCUACAAUGAUCAAUACUGAACUGAAGAAUCUAGUCAUAAGAGAAGUAUUUGCACCAAAAUUCUUUCGAAGGAAGAGGAAUAUCAACACGAUUGCGAUAGGAAACCAUGACGCGCGCUCCGAUUCCAAUCCAUCUUUUCUCACACAAAAAUCAAGAGCCUCGUCCCAUGAUGCAUCGAGUGCCUCCAUAAAGACUCUUGAUGUUUCCUCGUCACAAGCGAACAUACAGAUAGAUGACCCAAAUGUCAGUCCGAAUAUACAUGGUCCCUUCUUGAAAAAGUCGCUUCAUGAAAGAAUAUCUAAUGCCUUAGAAGGAUCACAUUCAGUGAUGGAUUUGAAGCAAUUCCACAAAAAUGAACAAAUCAAACAUAAGAACUCAUUCUGCAAUACUUUGUCCCCUAUUCUCACUGCAACUAAUUCUAGAAAUGAUGAUGAUUUUGUUUCUUCUCCAAAUUGUAUCAGUAAUACACAAGAGGGUGUCUUUGAUAUGGAUGAAGAUACGGGAAAUGAAACAAUAAAGAUGGAUAAUCAUAACCGCCAUGACAGCGGCGGUAAGGACAUAAUUAUAAAAUCUUUAGGAUAUAACGUUUCGAAUGAUUAUAGUCAUCAUGACAUUGAAUCAAUCACGUUUGAAGAAACAUCCCACACCAUUGUUUCAAAAUUCAUUCUAUUAGAAGAUUUAACAAGAAACAUGAGCAAACCCUGUGCUUUGGAUCUAAAGAUGGGGACAAGACAAUAUGGUGUAGAUGCUAAAAGAACUAAACAACUAUCACAACGUGCGAAGUGCUUAAAGACAACGUCUAGGAGAUUAGGUGUUAGGAUCUGCGGACUAAAAGUUUGGAAUAAAGAUUAUUAUAUCACAAGAGACAAAUACUUCGGUAGAAGAGUAAAGGUUGGUUGGCAAUUUGCUAGGGUUCUUGCAAGAUUCUUGUAUGAUGGUGAGACGGUCGAAAGUUUAAUUAGGCAAAUUCCAAGACUAAUCAAGCAAUUAGAUACUUUAUAUUCUGAAAUUUUUAAUUUGAAAGGUUACAGAUUAUAUGGUGCAUCUUUAUUACUAAUGUAUGAUGGUGAUGCUAAUAAAUCAAAUUCUAAAAGGAAAAGAGCCGCUAAUGUUAAAGUCAAUUUGAUCGAUUUUGCACGUUGUGUGACUAAAGAAGAUGCAUUAGAAUGUAUGGACAAAUUUCGUAUACCCCCAAAAUCGCCAAAUAUAGAAGAUAAAGGGUUCUUGCGAGGCGUGAAGAGCUUAAAGUUUUAUCUGUUGCUAAUCUGGAAUUACCUGACUUCUGAUAUGCCAUUAAUUUACGAUGAAUCAGAAAUGAGUAACAUGAUCAAUAAAGAAACGAAUUCGAAUAGUUCUGCUUUCGCCACCGGUUCGAAAAUUAAGUUUAACAAUAAAUGGGAUUGGUUAGAUGAAUUUGACCAAGAAGAUGAAGAAAUGUAUAAUGAUCCAAAUAGUAAACUAAGACAAAAAUGGAGGAAAUACGAGCUUAUUUUCGACGCUGAACCAAGAUACAAUGACGAUGCUCAAGUUAGCGAUUGA